GCAGGUUGUACGCGUGGUAUGACGUGCGUGCGCAUUGCGCCGUCAGUGAUUGUAUGAAAACCGAUUGAAGUUUCUUCAUUGAGUGAGCUUUGCAUCAGCUCCGCGUGUGUUACGGUGUUUUUUUUUUUUUUUUUUACUAUGAAUCGCAAUGCUCAAUCUAAACAUCUCUCCCGCCGAGAGCUGGAGGAGAUGAAAAAGAAACGCGAUGAGGAAGAAGCAGCCAAGGUGUUCGGGGAAUUUGUGGCCACUUUUGACGACAGUCCCUUGCCCAAAGCGGACAAAGUUUGGGUUCGUGCUGGAACGUUUGACGCCGGUAGUCGCACCGAAGACAGCAAAGAUAGGGGAAAGCUGUAUAAACCCGCUUCCAAGCGUGAUGUUGAGGUGAAGAAAGAGUUGGAUCCGAUAUUUCCCACUGAAGACAAGCCCGAUCGUCCCGGAAAGAAAAAGAAGGAUGGCAAAAAGAAGAGCAACUUAGAGUUGUUCAAAGAAGAACUUCAGAAGAUUCAAGAAGAGCGACAAGAAAGAUUCAAGCUCAAGCAUAUGCUCUCAUCAUCUGACUCUCCAUCGGUCAAGGACAAACCCGUAAAACCCGAACCUAUUGAGCCCAGGGCGAAUAUUGGCAUUUCUUUGGCGCUCGAUGCUCCAGCAGCCGGACCGCCAGGUUCAUUUGAUAACGGUGAUCCAACUACGACAAAUCUUUACUUGGGCAAUUUGCAUCCCAAAGUCAGCGAACAGCAGCUCGUAGAAGUGUUCGGAAAGUACGGACCACUGGCUUCCGUAAAAAUCAUGUGGCCGAGAACGGAUGAAGAGCGUCAACGCGGGAAGAACUGUGGCUUCGUUGCAUUUAUGACCCGAAAAGACGCUGAACGCGCCAUGAAAUUUGUGUCAGGAACCGACUUGAUGGGCUUCGAGAUGAAGCUGGGAUGGGGGAAAGCCGUGCCGAAACCGAUGCAUCCCGUGUAUGUGCCGCCGCAGUUGUUGGAGUUGACGAUGCCGCCGCCGCCGUCGGGCCUUCCUUUCAAUGCGCAGCCGUUGAGCAAGGACAAAGAAUGGGUGCUGGAGCGAUCAAUGGUCAAGGUGGUGAUUCCGACGGAGCGUCAAUUGCUGCAUGCCAUCCACCGAAUGGUCGAGUUCGUCGUACGCGAGGGACCCAUGUUCGAGGCGAUGAUCAUGAAUCGUGAAAUCGCGAACCCGGCGUAUAGAUUUUUAUUCGACAACAAGAGUCCCGCGCAUAUUUAUUACCGGUGGAAAUUGUUUUCCUUGCUGCACGGGGAAAAUGUGAAGGACUGGGAAACGAAGGAAUUUCGAAUGUUCAAAGGUGGUUCUGUGUGGCGUCCGCCGCCGGUGAAUCCCUAUUCAAUGGGAAUGCCUGAAGAUUUGAUCUCUGAUGAGGAAGUGUCCAAGGAGGGCUCUGGUGGAGAAUCGGAUUCCGAGCAGCACGCAUCGGAUCGAAUAAGAUCAAAGCGACGCUCGGAUGCUCCUCCUACAGUAAAGCGUGGUGGCCUCUCUAAUUCACAACGUGACAGAUUUGAGGACAUGUUGAGGGGUCUAACACCAGAUAGAAUGACCAUCAGUGAGGCCAUGGUCUUCUGCAUCGAGCAUGCAGACUCGGCCAAUGAAAUCUGCGAGUGCGUCGCGGAAUCUCUCUCCAUUUUGGAAACCCCGCUGUCGAAAAAGAGCUUUCGGGAGAAAUACGAGAGCGUUGAGAGCCGAAUGAAAGCAGAGGCCUUCAAGGCACGAGUGAUGCGGGUUUUCAGGGCCUGGGAAGACUGGGCUCUUUACCCGACGGAUGUUUUGAUCAGAUUGCAAAACAUCUUCUUGGGCUUGAGUGCCACUGCUAAUAUGCCAGCGAAUAAAUGGGAAGCAAUGGAAGAACCAUCUGCUGGCGAAGAAGACAUUGAUGGAGUUCCCAUUGGAGUUGAUCUCGAUGGCGUUCCGAUGGAGGACCCGGAAUUGAAACGCCAAAAGCCUAUUAUUGACGAAGACAUCGACGGAGUACCAUUGAAGCGUCUCUCUGCGCAAUCUUUGCCUGGUUUCAAGCCGUCAAAGUGGGAAACCGUGGAUCCAGUGGCGGUCGCCGACCAAGCAAUGACCACGUCCAAAUGGGACACACUUGAAGCUGAUGAGAAGCCUUUGUCACGAUCAUCUGGUGGACUGGUGGCCUAUGACGAUGAUGACAUUGACGGCGCUCCGAUGGAAAGUUCUCCGCCUGACUCCAGGAGUAAUUCACCGAAGUCUACCGAAGACCCACAAAUGGCUGAGCAGCGAAGGCUGAAACUCAGAGAGCUUGAAAUUAAAGUGAUGGAGUACACGGACAUGCUGGAAUCGGGUCAGAAACCCAUGAAACCGGGAAUGUCGAUGGAGGAACACAUAAAAGAAUUUAGAAGCCGUCUGAUUCGUAAGGUCGAGCGAGACUUGAGGAAAAGUUCGGGGAAAAGCCGAAGGCACAGUUCAAGCUCAGAAGAUGACAAAAGGAGGAUUUCGCCGAAAAGAGCGAGAGGCACUCGUUCUCGCUCGCCGCAUCAUAGACAGCGUUCCAGGUCUCCGAAUUCCCGUCACGGAAGGCAUCAUAAACGAAAAUCGAGACAUUAAUUUAUAUCUCAUUUUCCGUCUUGUCCUAUAUUUCUACAUCACCGUUACGUUCGUUUCAUCCGUGGCUGAGAAAGUGUAUGAUUUUUUUCUGAAUCUACCGAACUCCUUCAGAAAUUUGCGAAGUUCCAUUUCGCAUGGUUCUUUUUCCAUUCCGCGAUCAGGACUUGAACAAUAGAUUUAUCUGGGUUUCCA